AUGACUGAUCAUUGGCAAAAUCAUAGUAUAGUAAGUGCUCAAGUAAAAGAUGACGAUGAAACUCCCGAAGAUUGGGAAGCUGUAUUGGAAGAAAAACCUGAACAACCAAAAGUCGAAGAAAAACCAAAAGAAUCAACGAAAACAGUAACAACGACUAAAAAUAAGAUAAAUAAAAAAAAAUUGCAUGAUCAUGAAGAAUCUAAUAAAGUUCUUAUAAAAGAACCUGAUGGAGACUAUACACCAGAAGAACUUGAUAACAUACAAAAAAAAGGUGAACUACAACAAGAACAAGAUAAAUUAGAUAUGGUAUCUGAACUAGUUGAAAAAGAUGGUGAACAUCAUACAUUAGAUGAUCUGAAUCUAUUAACAAAAGAAGAGUUUCUUAAUUAUAGUUUUCGUUUAUAUAAUCGUCUUGAAACAUUAUCAAAAUCAGAAUUUUAUACUGAUUUUAUUGAUCAUUUUCUUAAUGGUAUAACAAAAUCAAUGUCAAUUGAAAAUAUUAAACAUUUACAAGCAACAUUACAAGCAAUUUAUUUACGUAAACAAAGUGAAGAACGUGAGAAAAAAGCUAAAUCAAAAACUAAAAAACAAAAUAAACCACAACUAAAAACUGGUCGACGAGCAGAUUUUGGUGCUUUUGGUGAUGAAGAAGAUGAUUUCGAACAGGAUGCUGAUUACGAAGAUGAUUUUAUGUAA